AUGUACAGUAGAGUGGCUAUUCGCUCGCGCAAUGCUCUACCUAGGAUCCCGUUAGUUCGGUCUUCCGUACACGCAGCCUUUCCUUCUGUAUAUGCAUCAGCACGAUUGUUGAAUCUUGGCACGAAACGCCUCUCUUCAACCGAGACGAUUCCUCCUGCCCACCAUCAACAUGAUUUGAUCCAACGCAAGCAGCAAGAGGUCACGCAGAAGAUAUUAAAGCUGCCUCUGUCAUGUCCUGGCUGUGGUGCUCCCAGUCAGACAGUCGCUUCUGAAGAGGCCGGCUUCUACAAUUUGAGUAGGUCUGCCGUCAGGAAAUUUGUUCACGAUGAUGCCAAACAGGAGGAUCUCGUCUUCCAGGCCACUCUGGACAAGGUUGACAGCAAGGUCUUGCAAGAGCUCGGUUUGGACAAAGCGGCUACUGCUGCCCAGGAACAACCACAAAAGCAGACUCCCAUCUGCGAUCGAUGCCACAACCUCUUGCACCACCACACCGGUGUCCCAAUCUUCCAUCCCUCCAUCGACAGCAUCCGUAGCAUAAUCGAAGACUCCCCUCACAAGAACAACCAUAUCUACCAUAUCAUCGAUGCCGCAGACUUUCCCAUGUCGCUCAUUCCCAAUCUUCUCAACCGCCUCGAUCUCCCUUCUCUCCGCACUCAGAACCGCCGCUCCAAACACAAGAAAUACGUCCGCGAUCGCGUCGCCGAUGUUUCUUUCAUCAUCACCCGUUCCGAUCUCCUCGCUCCAAACAAGGAACAGGUCGACAGUCUGAUGCCAUAUUUACGCGAGACGCUUCGUGACGCUCUUGGUCGUACGGGCAGGAACGUCAGACUGGGCAACAUGCGAUGCGUCAGUGCAAAGCGCGGUUGGUGGACAAAAGAGGUCAAGGAAGAUAUCUGGGACAGAGGUGGUGCUGCUUGGAUGGUUGGCAAAGUCAACGUCGGUAAGAGCAACCUGUUCGAGGUUGCUUUUCCCAAAGGAAGGGGACAAGAGAAGCUUGCUACUCCCAAGCCUAUGCAUGUGCAGCUAGAGCCCGAGACUUCGUCAGCUCCUGACAACUCGAACGACUCUUUAUCCGAUUUGCCUGCUAUCCAGGAUACAGGCAUUGCUGCUGUCGACUCUCCGAGCAGUGCUUCCGGCAAUCCUGCUGUGGAGACUCACCAGGAAACAGUCGAUCAGAACGAGCCGGAUGUUUUUGAUGUGGAAGAAGGUUCACUACUACCACCUGCUCAGCUUGAGGUCCCCUACCCUGUCAUGCCUGUCAUUUCGUCUUUGCCUGGAACCACGGCUUCACCUAUCCGCGUGCCUUUUGGUAGCGGAAAAGGCGAGCUGAUCGAUCUCCCUGGCGUCUCUCGGUCAAACCUCGAUGAAUUUGUGCUUCCUGAGCAUCAUCAGGAUCUUGUCAUGCGCUCGCGCGUGACUCCCGAGCAGAUGUCCAUAAAACCUGGUCAGUCUUUGGUGUUAGGAGGUGGUCUUAUCCGCAUCACGCCCACAACCCCGGAUCUGGUCUUCUUGUCCUACACAUUCCUACCUUUACAUCCUCAUAUGACCUCUACCGACAAAGCUGUGGCUAGAGCAAGUGGCGAAAGAGCCACUGGACUGCACACGAUCAUGACCAAGGAAGCUCGCGAGAGCAUGGCCUCAGCAGGCACUUUCAAGCUCGAAUGGGAUGUUACAAAGCAGCGUGCCGGCCCGUUGACUUCCAAAUCCGCUGCAAAGCUGAAGCCUGAGCAGCUGCCUUUCAAAGUGUUUUCAGCAGACAUUGUGGUUGAAGGUGUAGGCUGGGUUGAGCUAGUCGCUCAAGUACGAAAGUCGGCCAAGCACAAGCCUGCCUACGCACCGCCUCAUGACGAACCUACACAUUCUGAAGAAGCACCGUCCGCAUCUACCUUGUCAGACUCUGAGACGACGACCUGGAAACCAUUGUACACGCCAGAACAGGAUAUCGCACAAGACAUGUUCCCUCGAGUUGAGGUGUUUUCGCCCAAGGGUAAAUUCAUCGCGGUCAGACCUCCUAUGGUUGCUUCGCUACUCGGUGGUAAAAAGGCUCCGACAGCCAACACACGAAAGAGCAGACCCAGAAUGAGCAUGAAGAGUCUGAAGCACAGCCAACGUGGCAGAGAAGCCCAGAAAGAGGGUUGA